AUGGCUGAUCGAGUGCUUGUGAUUGGCAGUGGAGGCAGAGAGCACGCUCUAGCCUGGAAAUUGGCACAAUCUCCACAUGUAAAACAAGUGCUAGUUGCUCCAGGAAAUGCAGGAACAGCUGAUAAUGGAAAAAUUUCAAAUUCAGCUGUGUUAGUCAGCAAUCAUACUAUCCUUGCCCAGUUCUGCAAAGACCAUAACAUUGGACUUGUGGUAGUUGGACCAGAGGCACACUUGGGAGCUGGAAUUGUGGAUGACUUGAUGUCAGCUGGAGUUAGAUGUUUUGGUCCCUCAGCCAAGGCAACUCAGCUAGAGACCAAUACAAGCUUUGCCAAAGCCUUUCUGGAUUGUCAUAGGAUCCCAACAGCAAGAUGGAAAGCAUUUGCCAAUCCUCAAGAAGCUUGUAGCUUUAUUACCAGCACAGACUUUCCUGCACUGGUUAUAAAGGCUAGUGGCCAAGCUGCUAGAAAAGAAAUAAUUAUUGCAGCCAGCAAAGAGGAAGCCUGCAGAGCUGUGCAAGAGAUUUUGCAGGAUGAAUAUCAAGAAAAUAUUCCAAACAGCGAGUUCUUCUGGGGACUUCUACAAGCGCGAGAGCUAGGGGUGAAGGUGUUCCAUGCAGGCACAACCAUGCAGGAUAAUAAAGUGAUGACUGACGGUGGCAGAGUCCUUACAGUCACGGCUAUCAAGGAGGAUCUGAUGUCAGCACUGGAAGAAGCCAACAAAGGAGUAGCAGCCAUACGGUUCCAGGGUGCCAUUUACAGAAAGGACAUUGGUUAUCAGGCUAUAGCUUUCCUGCAGCGGUCUGUAGGCCUGAUACAUGGUGACGUAAGUGUAGACACUAUAACCAGCAGUGCUUUGAUUAAUCAAUCUGAACCACCAGCUGCAACUGGUAGUAGAUCAGGCAGCCAUGCAGAGCUGGGAGGCUCUACUGAUUUCUUUGACUUGAAAUCAUCUGGUUAUGAUGAUCCUAUCUUGGUAUCUCGAACUAAAGGCAUUGGAACUAAACUGCAGAUUGCACAGAUGUGUAAGAAACAUGACACCAUUGGCCAGGAUUUGGUUGCCAUGUGUGUCAAUGACAUCCUGGCUCAGGGAGCAGAGCCCCUCUUCUUCCUCGACUAUUUUGCCUGUGGGAAACUUGACGCUGAAGUGGCUCAAGCAGUCAUAGCGGGAAUAGCUGAAGCUUGUAAAAAGGCAGGAUGCGCUCUCUUGGGAAGAGAGACUGCUGAAAUGCCAGGCAUGUAUUCGCCUGGAGAGUACGAUCUCGCUGGCUUUGCAGUUGGUGCAGUGGAACGAGGCCAAAUGUUCCUGCAGCUGGAGAGAGUUGCUGAGGGGGAUGUCGUCAUUGGACUAGCUUCUUCUGGGAUUCACAGCCAUGGCUUUAACCUUGUAAGGAAGAUUCUCUUAAUGUCUUCCCUACACUACUCGUCUCCAGUACCUGGUGGAUGUGGCGACCAGCCGUUAGGAGAACUAUUGCUGACUCCAACCAAAAUCUACAGCAAGGCUCUGUUGCCUGUCCUUCGUUCAGGGCAUGUGAAGGCCUUUGCCCCUAUCACUGGCGGGGGGUUACUGGAAAGCAUCCCCAGAAUCCUACCUGAAUCAUUUAGUGUAAUUUUGGAUGCUUAUAGUUGGCAGAUACCUGAAAUCUUCUCCUGGCUCCAAACAGAGGGGAACCUCUCAGAAGAGGAGAUGGCCCGAACGUUUAAUUGCGGGAUCGGUGCUGUCUUGAUGGCAGACAAGGAGCUGGCUCAGCAAGUUCUGAAGGAUGUACAGAGGCAUGAGGAAGCCUGGCUGAUUGGAAAUAUAGUCCCAAGCCACACAGGAUCUUCUCAUGUCAAAGUCAAGAAUCUCCUUCAAGCCUUGCGGUUAAAUAGAUCCCAGUUUCUGCAGAAUGCUGCUGACAUGGACAGUCACCUGCAUGUCGAGCCCCAAACAAGCAAAGUGAAAGUAGCUGUUCUCAUCUCUGGAACAGGUACAAACCUUGCGGCACUUAUCGCAUAUGCAAAAGAACCUGCAAGCUGUGCACAGAUAGCUCUUGUCAUCUCUAACAAGUCUGGAGAUGUGGAAGAAUUGAGAAAUGCAGCCCGGGCUGGGAUUCCCACCAGGGUAGUUGACCAUAAAUUGUAUGGAAGCCGCUCUGAAUUUGACUGCACAAUUGACAGAGUCCUUGAAGAAUUCUCUGUUGAACUGAUCUGUCUCGCAGGAUUUAUGAGAAUUUUGUCCAGUGCUUUUAUCAGAAAGUGGAAUGGUAAAAUUUUGAACAUUUGUCCAUCACUAUUACCUUCAGUCAAAGGGGGAAAUGCCCAUAAGCAGGUGCUACAAGCAGGAGUCAAAGUCACUGGCUGUACAGUACAUUUUGUACUUGAGGAAGCUAAUACAGGAGCAAUUAUUCUCCAGGAGCCUGUCUCUGUGAACACAGAUGAUACCGAGGAGACCUUGUUGGAAAGGGUGAAAGAAGCAGAGUGCCGAGUCUUUCCCAUUGCCUUGCAGCUGGUGGCCAGUGGAGUGGUGCGACUAGGAGCAGAUGGUAAAACCUGCUGGAAACAAGGAACCCAAAGCUUGACUCAUCAUGAAAAGCAAGAUUGCAUUUCCUCCACUACUACUCUGAAGCCACAACAGUACAACAGGCUACAGUCAAAUGAAUGAAUGUUCUACUCAUUGCUCACUGGUUUUUC